GCUCCUUAGUCCUUUAGUUAAUGUCUUCUCUUUCCUUUCACACAGUAGAUCUCUCGGGUUCUGUCAGACCCGAACCUAGACAUCGAACUCCCACACCCCCACGAAACAAAACCACAAAUAAAAGAAUCCAAAAAGGAAAAGGAAGGAGAAUUCUUGGAAGAUAAUGCAAGGAUCUGUAGCUGAACCAGAAGCAGAGGGUGAGGAACUAAAGCUCGAGCCCAUCUUCGAUAAUGGCAGCCUCUAAGCUCACUCUCCUUCUCACCCUUUUGUCCUUAUUCAAUGUACUUUCCUCAGUCUCACAAGCUAAAUCGCCGUCGGUACUGCCGCUGGCACAAAUCAAGCAGCAGCAGAAGGAAGACACCGAACCCUUCGUGGGUGUGAACAUUGGUACCGAUGUUUCAAGUCUACUGUCACCCUCAGCUUUAGUCUCUUUCCUCCAACUCCAAAAGAUUACUCACAUCCGCCUCUACGAUGCCGACCCUGACCUCCUCAAGGCUCUGGCUCGCACCAAGAUCCGCGUCAUCAUUAGCGUCCCCAACAACCAGCUCAUCGCCAUUGGCUCCUCCAAUUCCACUGCCGCAGCUUGGGUCGGCCGAAAUGUCGUCGGUUUCUACCCCGAAACCCUCAUCUCCGCCAUUGCUGUCGGCGAUGAGGUCUUAACCACCGUGCCCUCCUCAGCUCCUCUUCUUCUCUCAGCCAUUGAGUCCCUCUAUAGCGCUUUAGUCGCAGCAAACCUUCACACCCAGAUCAAGAUUUCGACCCCACAUGCUGCCUCGAUAGUUCUCGAUCCUUUCCCACCUUCUCAAGCUUUCUUUAAUCAAAGCUUGAGUUCUGUUGUACUUCCGUUGCUUCAGUUCCUUUCGAGAACUGGAUCCCCUUUAAUGAUGAACCUUUAUCCUUACUACGUAUUUAUGCAAAACAAAGGUGUGGUUCCUUUGGACAAUUCUUUGUUUAAGCCCUUGACACCCUCUAAAGAAAUGGUCGAUCCAAACACUUUGCUUCACUAUACCAACGUACUCGAUGCCAUGAUUGAUGCGGCCUAUUUCUCGAUGAAGAACCUCAAUGUCACCGACGUUCCGGUCCUUGUCACCGAGAGUGGUUGGCCUUCAAAGGGCGAUUCGAAAGAGCCUUAUGCCACAAUUGACAAUGCGGAUACGUAUAAUUCCAACCUGAUCAAGCAUAUUCUUGACCAUAGCGGAACCCCUUUGCACCCGGAGGUGACGUCCAGUGUGUAUAUAUACGAGUUGUUCAACGAGGACUUGAGGUCCCCGCCGGUAUCGGAGGCUAAUUGGGGGUUGUUUUAUGGAAAUUCGACAGCGGUGUACUUACUUCACGUCUCGGGAAGUGGGACUUUUCUGGCCAACGACACGACGAACCAGACGUACUGUGUGGCCAUGGAUGGGGUGGACUCGAAGACGUUGCAGGCUGCGUUGGAUUGGGCAUGUGGUCCGGGGCGGGCUAAUUGCUCAGAGGUUCAGCCAGGGGAGAGUUGUUACCAGCCUAACAACGUGAAGAGUCACGCUUCUUAUGCGUUUGAUAGCUAUUACCAGAAGGAAGGGAGGUCUGCUGGUUCUUGCGACUUCAAGGGUGUGGCCACGAUCACCACCAGUGACCCAAGUCACGGGAGCUGUAUAUUUCCUGGAAGUAAGAAGGUAACCAACACGACAAAGCAGGCAGUGAACUCAACGCAUGCAAGUAGUGCAGCGGACAGUCUAAGAUUUGUCACCUUCUGCAGCUGGCGAACGAGUGCAACCAACAAGGGGUUGCACGUUUUGUUUUUUGUAGGUUUCAAUAUUUUGUUUUUCAUUCCUCUAGUAACUCCAUUAUGAGGUACAGAAAUAAAGCAAAAUUUUGAAAUGUAGUAUUAGCUUGUAAUAAGCUCGGCUAUGGAUCUCGUGCCUUUUGUUUGGGUGGGGAGGUGAAGUGUACAUGGGCGGGAAAGCAAGAUAUAUGUCGGUAAGGGAAAGAAAAGGUGAAGUGUCUUUGAAAGCUUUUCUUUUUGCUAUUUUGAAUAGGAAGUUGAAAAAAAGGAAUUCUCCUAUGUAAUCAUUACGAAGAGGAAAGAGGAAGUUGUGUAUUCAUUGUUCUU